UAAUAAAAAAUUACCUAUUAUUCUAUGGAAUAUAUUCAAGAUAUGAAAGGUCAGCCAUAAAAAAACGAGAUAACUAUAUAAUGAAUCAAUUUGUAGAGCAUCACAAAAAUAAAACAGAUAAGUCAUGAGGCUACAUGUAAUUAUUCUCUUCUGUUUUUCAGAAUUCAUCUGAAACUAUGCUGCCACAAAUAGCCUUUCUGCUGGUCAUGUUCCUAACCUCGGUUCAUGGAGUGUUUUAUGCCGAGAGAUACCAAACACCCACAGGCAUAAAGGGCCCGCUUCCCAACACCAAGACACAGUACUUCAUCCCAUACGCCAUAAAGAGUAAAGGAAUCCCGGUAAGAGGAGAUCAAGGUGUUCCUGGUCCACCAGGCCCAGCUGGACCCCGAGGACACCCAGGUCCCUCAGGACCUCCAGGAAAGCCAGGUUAUGGAAGCCCCGGGCUCCAAGGAGAGCCAGGGUUGCCAGGACCACCAGGAAUAUCAGCCACUGGGAAGCCAGGCCUGCCAGGUGUGCCGGGCAAACCAGGGGAGAGAGGACCACAUGGACACAAGGGAGAUAUUGGACCAGCUGGCUUACCAGGCCCUCGGGGCCCUCCAGGACCACCUGGAAUCCCCGGUCCAGCUGGAAUUUCUGUGUCAGGAAAACCUGGACAGCAGGGACCUACAGGUGCCCCAGGACCCAGGGGCUUUCCUGGAGAAAAGGGGGCACGAGGAGCCCCUGGUGUGAAUGGACAGAAAGGGGAAACAGGAUAUGGUGCUCCUGGCCGUCCAGGUGAGAGGGGUCUUCCAGGCCCUCAGGGUCCCGUUGGACCCCCUGGCCCUCCUGGAAUUGGAAGAAGAGGUGAAAAUGGUAUUCCAGGACAGCCAGGCAUCAAAGGUGAUCGGGGUUUCCCUGGAGAAAGGGGACCAUCAGGUCCACCAGGUCCCCAAGGUCCUCCUGGGAAACAAGGACAGGAAGGUAUUGGGAAGCCAGGAGCUGCUGGAGCCCCGGGUCAGCCAGGUAUCCCAGGAGAAAAAGGUCACCCAGGAGCUCCAGGAAUAGCUGGACCUCCAGGAGCUCCAGGCUUUGGAAAGCCAGGCUUGCCAGGAUUGAGAGGACAAAGGGGACCUGUUGGUCUUCCUGGGGCCCCAGGAGCCAAAGGUGAACAAGGGCCAGCGGGUCAUCCUGGGGAGGUGGGUUUGACUGGAUCUCCUGGGAAUAUGGGACCCCAAGGACCUAAAGGAAUCCCAGGGAACCAUGGUAUCCCAGGUGCUAAAGGUGAGACAGGUCCAGUUGGGCCUGUAGGACCACCUGGGGCUAGAGGAGCAAGGGGUCCCCCUGGGGUAGAUGGAAAAACAGGGUACCCUGGGGAGCCAGGUCUGAAUGGUCCUAAGGGCAACCCAGGGUUACCGGGCCCAAAAGGCGAUCCUGGAGAGGGAGGACCCCCUGGUCUCCAAGGUCCUAUUGGCCCUGCAGGACCUAAGGGCGUGCCUGGAAACAAUGGUGAGGCAGGUCCAAGAGGUGAACCUGGAAGACCAGGUGGCAGGGGCCCCAUUGGGCCACCAGGUAUCCCAGGAUUCCCUGGGGCUAAGGGUGUCCCUGGAAACCCAGGUCCUCCUGGCCCAGCUGGCAUAGCAACUAAGGGCCUCAGUGGGCCCACUGGUCCUCCAGGUCCCCCUGGUCCAAAAGGACACAGUGGAGAGCCUGGUCUCCCAGGUCCCCCAGGUCCCCCAGGACCCCCUGGCCAAGGAGUCAUGCCUGAUGGCUUCAUAAAGGCAGGCCAAAGGCCUCUUGUCAGUGCUAACCAGGGAGUAACAGGAAUGCCUGUGUCUGCUUUUACUGUUGUCCUCUCCAAAGCUUACCCAGCAGUAGGUGCCCCCAUCCCAUUUGAUGAGAUUUUGUACAACAGGCAGCAGCAUUAUGACCCAAGAACUGGAAUCUUUACCUGUAAGAUCCCAGGAAUAUACUACUUCUCCUACCACGUGCACGUGAAGGGGACUCACGUUUGGGUAGGGCUGUAUAAGAACGGCACCCCUACAAUGUACACAUACGACGAGUACAGCAAGGGCUACCUGGACCAGGCUUCAGGGAGUGCAAUCAUGGAGCUCACAGAAAACGACCAGGUGUGGCUCCAGCUGCCCAAUGCAGAGUCAAACGGCCUCUACUCCUCUGAAUAUGUCCACUCCUCCUUCUCAGGAUUUCUAGUGGCUCCCAUGUGAGCACGCAAUACCAAGCUCUUCUAAACGCUCUGCUUGGAAAGGCUUUUCCCCAACUUCAUCGUGCCCACCCUGGAGAUGCAUGUGGAGGUCGGCUAAAAGUAACGUGAGCA